AUGGUGAACGGGUUUUGCAGCAGUGAGUUGGUGGUGGUGGUUGUGUUUCGACAGGGUCGAGGAGUUGGAACGGUUUCGGACUUGGCAGUAAGGCAGUCGAAAAGAUUUUCUGUCGCAGGAGGGGGUGAAGGUGUUAACUGGAUUCUGCAGAAAUUGAGUUUUGAGCAACGCAGUGAACACCCAACUGUUUUCCCAAGAUGUCCUCAUCAGAUUUCUAGGGAAGAUUUGCCAAGAACGAACUUCUACAAGUCGAAACCUUUAUCAAGUAGGCAAAAUGACAAAGACUCAAGUAGAAUAUCUUUGACUGAUGGUUAUAGCAAAGAAUCCUCUUGUAGAAUGCCUCAUUGUUAUGAUCGGUCUAAAAUCUUAUCUUCAUCAAGUUUCUCUUUUUUCAGUAAGCAGUCGAUGGUAUCAAUAGAGAAGAAUGUUCCAAAUAAAAGCCUCGGGGUUUGUUCUGAAUUUCAUAGAGCAAGAAUGGGUCAGAAUACAGACAAGCAGACUUCCUCAAAUAGAAAAUCAUCGGAUAUGUCCCUUUCUAGUCAGGUUCAUUCUUGUGAUAAUGGCAGGAAAGGACUUGAAUUGCCUCAUUUUGGGAGUACCUUGAGAGAAUGGCUAAACUCUGGGCGUUCCAAAAUAAAUAAAAGUUACAGGCUGCAUUUGUUUAGGCAGAUUGUGCAAAUAGUGGAUAUUGCACACUCUCAAGGCUUUUCCUUGCUGCAUAUAUGCCCAUCUUCGUUUAUUUUAUUGCCACCCGAUGAUGUCAAAUACAUUGGUUCGUUGAUGCAGGCAGAAUUACUCAGUUUGAUGGAUAAGGAUAUUAGAACGAAGAGACAUUUGGAGCAUGAAAUGUCUCCAUGUGGAAAAUUUGGUGUAAAGCAGCAAAAACUAUGCCAGGACAAAUUGAUAAUGCAUAAACCUCUGUUCAUCUCCAAAAAUGGUGUCAAUGACAAUGGUUCUAAUCAGGUAAGGACUGGCAUCAGUGAUGUGGAAAAUUCUAACCAGCCUGAAUGUGCAGCUCGAAACAAUUUUACGCAGGAAGGCAAUCUAUCCAGGGGCAGUUUGGGGUUGCAUUUGAUGCUGCUCAGUUGGAAAAGAAAUGGUAUACUUGUCCAGAGGAGCUUGACAAUCCUCAAUCAAAUAUCUUUUGUUAUUUGAGUUGCUUUGGCAUUUUGAAUCAAUAGAAGCACAUUCUGCGGCAAUGCUAGAUUUGCGCAAUCGGAUUCUACCUUCUAAUUUUCUUUCUGAAUUUCCAAGGGAAGCUGCCUUCUGUUUUUGGCUGCAGCAUCCUGAACCUUCUUCUCGUCCAACAACCAGGGAACUUCUGAACUGUGAGAUAAUUUAUGGAUCUGAAGAGAUGACUCUAGGAGGUGAUGAGCCAUCAUUUGCUAACAAGGUUGCUGAUGCUGAGUCAGAUCUCUUACUUUAUUUUCUAGUUGCAUUAAAGGAAGAAAUGCAGAAUAAGGCCGCCAAGUUGUUGGAAAAUAUAGAAUUCUUAGAAGUUGAUGUCAAGGAGGUUGAGAGAAGGUAUGCUUUUUGAAGAUCUUCAGACAGGAUUGAUGGAGACGACGAUGCAAGACAGAAACCUUCACUUAAAGAUAAUGAUUCAUUUUCUAAAACAAAUUUGUUUGGGGUUAAGAUGACGAGCAAUGUCAGUGCACUUGAAGAUGCUUACUUAUGUAUGAAAUCCCAAGUCCAUAUUCCUGAAAUGGAACGAUCAGACAAGGACAUAUUGAGGAUUCAUGACAGGUGGUCUUGCGUUCAAAAUCAAUACUGAGAGCCAAAUAUGGAAGAGAAGUCCGUUGAUUGAGUUGGAGCCUUCUUUGAAGGUAUUUGUAAGUUUGCUCGCUACAGACAGUUUGAGGGCUGUGGGACGUUAAAAAUGGUGAUAUUCUCAACUCAAGCAACGCGAUAUGCUGUUGGAGAUUUGAUCAUGAAGAGAACUACAUUGCUACUGCUGGAGUCUUUAAGAAAAUCAAAAUCUUUGAAUUCGAUUCCCUUUUGAAUGACUCUGUUGAUGUUCAGUAUCCAAUGAUUCAAAUGCCAAGCAAAUCUAAAUUUAGCUGUGUUUGUUGGAAUAACUACAUCAAAAAUUAUCUGGCAUCUGCCGACUAUGAUGGUCUAGUGCUGGUAUGUAUUCCGUACUUCGUUCACAACCGAAUGAUCCUAAAUAUAUUAGCUACUGCAGUACUGCGAUAUAUAUUGAUAUAUUUGGGUAACUGUAUGAAUAUGAUUUCUUUGUUUUUCUUUCUAAAUUAGUAGUAUAGCACGUAUAGAAUCUCUUCUAUAAAUUCCCUUAUCU